UAGCUUAUUCUGAAGCAUACUUUCAACGCAGCCAGACGUCUUUACACGUUCCACUACCCAACCAGUGAAAUGGCCCGUACCAAGCAAACUGCCCGUAAGUCGACCGGAGGUAAGGCCCCUCGCAAGCAGCUGGCCACCAAGGCUGCUCGCAAGAGUGCUCCGGCCACCGGAGGAGUGAAGAAGCCGCAUCGUUACCGUCCGGGAACCGUAGCCCUGCGCGAGAUCCGUCGCUACCAGAAAUCGACCGAGCUGCUGAUCCGCAAGCUGCCCUUCCAGCGCCUGGUUCGUGAAAUUGCCCAGGACUUCAAGACCGAUCUGCGCUUCCAGAGCUCGGCCGUGAUGGCCCUGCAGGAGGCCAGCGAGGCGUAUCUGGUCGGCCUGUUCGAGGACACCAAUCUGUGCGCAAUUCAUGCAAAGCGCGUCACCAUCAUGCCGAAAGACAUCCAGCUGGCUCGCCGCAUCCGUGGAGAGCCUAUCAACAUGUCUGGCCGUGGCAAAGGAGGAAAAGUUAAGGGAAAGGCAAAGUCCCGCUCGAACCGUGCCGGUCUGCAGUUCCCAGUUGGCCGUAUCCAUCGUCUGCUACGCAAAGGCAACUAUGCCGAGCGCGUCGGUGCUGGUGCACCAGUGUAUUUGGCUGCCGUAAUGGAAUAUUUGGCCGCUGAAGUGCUCGAGUUGGCAGGAAACGCUGCCCGAGACAACAAGAAAACGCGCAUCAUCCCGCGUCAUCUGCAGCUGGCCAUCCGCAACGAUGAGGAAUUGAACAAGCUGUUGUCCGGCGUCACCAUUGCUCAGGGUGGUGUGUUGCCGAACAUCCAAGCCGUGCUGCUGCCGAAGAAGACCGAGAAGAAGCUUAUUCUGAAGCAUACUAUCAACGCAGCCAGACGUCUUUACACGUUCCACUACCCAACCAGUGAAAUGGCCCGUACCAAGCAAACUGCCCGUAAGUCGACCGGAGGUAAGGCCCCUCGCAAGCAGCUGGCCACCAAGGCUGCUCGCAAGAGUGCUCCGGCCACCGGAGGAGUGAAGAAGCCGCAUCGUUACCGUCCGGGAACCGUAGCCCUGCGCGAGAUCCGUCGCUACCAGAAAUCGACCGAGCUGCUGAUCCGCAAGCUGCCCUUCCAGCGCCUGGUUCGUGAAAUUGCCCAGGACUUCAAGACCGAUCUGCGCUUCCAGAGCUCGGCCGUGAUGGCCCUGCAGGAGGCCAGCGAGGCGUAUCUGGUCGGCCUGUUCGAGGACACCAAUCUGUGCGCAAUUCAUGCAAAGCGCGUCACCAUCAUGCCGAAAGACAUCCAGCUGGCUCGCCGCAUCCGUGGAGAGCGUGCUUAA